GCGCGGCGAAGGUGAAGGCAUCGCGCCAGUCGCUUGCACGAGAGAGCGGUAACACGACGCUUGCGCGUACCUCUACGUCCUCACGCCGCGCGCGCAACUGUCUGCUUUUAUCUGUGCACCGCUGCAUGAUUCCGAAUUAAAAUUUUUGUUUUCUUCUUUUGUGAUGAAAAUCGGCCAGUGAGUGGGACCUAAAACUUUGUGAUCAGUGUCUGUGUCGACUGUUUUGUGUAUAAAAAAUAUAUUUGACACACAUGUGACGUGUAACGGUGCAGAUCUGACGGUCUAUCGACUCGCUAAAAUCCAAUAAGUGUUAGUGUAUCUUAAAGCGGUGUGCCAGAAUUUUAACGGACUUGUCUGAGCGGAGAUUGCGACGAAUAAACGGAUCAUAUUUGUUAUUUAAGAGCAAUGUCUCGGUGGAAGGGCAAAGUGAGGUAGCCGGCAGAUGGCAGCUGUUAGCGCGGCGAUGUUUCGGCCCGGGGGCGCUCUUGACCCCCCAUGUUACGCGUCUCAAAGGGUAUAUGAUACUCCAGAAAAUACACGUCCGAAGAAAUGGUCAUCCAAGCUAAAAUUAAAUACUUCAGGGAGCAGCAAAUCAUCAGAGAAGUCACCAGAAAGUCCACUGUUAUAUGGAACUCUAAAUGGGCCGGGUGGAUCAGCUUUAUCUAAAUCAAUGAAAUAUGCAGAGACAUGGUUGUAUGGGUCCGUGAGGACCCAGACACCGCCUUUACGGCCGAGCGUUUUUACCUCAUAUCCCGAGGCGCCAGGACCUGUGUUAAUUAGUACUCCACAAAAACCAACUCCACAUAAUUAUGCUGUUAUACUAUGUUCCUGUCCCGAAUAUCUUAACGGUACAAAGAAAACCAGCUCAACCAAAGUCAGUAUAUGUAAGAAAUGCAAAGGAUCUCGCUUGCCUUUAACUAUAACUGACAGCCCGCGAUUACUUGUAGGUGGAACGGUCAGAGGUCCGCAAGUAAGUCGUGAUCCUGGUUUAUUGAGAGGUGGCACCGUUCGGGUACAAAGUACUAAAUCGAGACCCAGCAUAUUAAAACCCAAUGGGGAACCUGACCCAUAUGAUCUUAUGCGACGGAGUCGGUUAGCACCACCUCACGAAACUCGAAUAGGCAGUCAAUUUUCAACAUCACGAUCUCGAGCUAAAAGUAUAAGUCCUUGUCGAGUUAAAAGCAAGAAACCAACUCCUGAAGGUCUAAAUAAAAACAGAAGUAAGUCAGUAAGUCGCGUGAAUGAAUUAUGGAUUGAUGAAGAGGAAAAUAAUGUGAUAGAUUCAAAAAAGUCUAUCCUUUCUUGCGAUAUUAACCCAUACGAUUUGAUGAAGUCUUCUGGAUUGAAAUCUAAUUUAGAGGUUGAAUUUGAUGAUGAUUUUGGUGAACCUUAUCAAGAUCAUAAGAACUGUAAUAAUCGUCUAAGUAAAGUUAAAUUGGAUUCAAAUGUUAAAAACAUAAGUGGGCAAAGAAUACGUGUUUCAAACGAAUCCAAAUCAAAUAUAGUGGAUGAAUUAACUGUCUAUGAUCCUGUGAAUUAUGAUCUCAAAAACUAUGAUUUUAAAUCGGCAGAUAUGGCUACGGCAUUAUGUUUACCGAACAUAAAGAACGAAAAUAGUAAGUUAGGAACGUUAAGUAAAAGUAGUAGUAAGAAAAUAUUAAACACCACCUCAAAUCGUACAAAACAAAAGAGCGUUUCGCCCAAACGCCCGCCCAGAAAACUAAGAAAUACAAAAAUUGAUGAAGAUAGCGAAAGUGAUAACCAACGUAUACCAGAAAGAACUUAUAAAAAACCCAUGCAUGAAAAUACUCGUUAUCCAAAAACCAAAAAUCAAAAAACAGAUGCCAUAAAAUCAAUACUGAAAAAACCUAAAAGUGAUUCAAAUGUUAAAAAAGAGAAAGUUGAUGAUUCAUUUGAGACUAAGAAUUUUAAUCAUUCCCAAUUUUAUCUUCCUAAACCAAAAGACAAAUGUGCAGUUUCCUCUCAAAAUAUUCUGCAUAGAAAAAGAGUUCAAUUUCUUGUCGAGAAUGAAGAAACUAAAGUUAUUUUUACUGCUGAAUUAAAUCUGCAUGAUAGCAUAACAGAUGAGAGAGCUGCUAUAUCACCAAUAGAAGAAAAAGAAAAAAAUGCUGAAAAUAACAUCAUAAGCAAUAACUUAAAAGAAAUUAUAUCAGAAGCCUCUGGUGAGAUAAACGAGUUAAAAGACCAAAAUAAGCAGGAAGUUCCUCAAGUAUCAUAUCAACUUCAAUAUUGUGAUGAAAAUCCGUCUCCUGUUCCUGAUAAAGAAGAUACUAAGGAAACUGUACAAAAUAUAGCAGAAGAUAAUAAUGUACCCCAGCCGAGAGUACCAUCUUUACGACGCUCAGAAUCAGAAAGACUGACAUCAACAAUAACCAUUACACCACCGAAGUUUUUAGAUACUAUGGCAUUAAGAUCAAAGCCUAAACAUGGUCAUACAAGUCAAGUAUUUUUAGAAUCUUUAACUGAAAAUGAAAACGAUCAUCUAAAACCAAUUAAUAACACAAAACAAGACUCUACUGGUAAUGACAAACAUGCUGUUAGACUUCAGAAUGAAAUCGAUACAGGGAACCUGAGUGACAGUAGUGAAAUUACUAGUAAUGUAUUAAAAAAUUUACGGAAUGGUAUAUCUGAGCUACCGGAACCACCGCCAAGAUUAAAAUCAAGGUCAAAAAGGCAGAAUUACGUUAAAACUCGUUUUGUCCGAAACAAUUCAUCAAGUUCUACAAGUGACGAAUGGUCUGACACAAAUGAAAAUGAACAGCGUACGAUACUAAGAGUGAAACAAUAUGAUACUGAUGAUACUAAGGAAUUGUUAAAAGAAUCAACAAAAGUUCUCAAACUUAUCGAAAGUGAGCCUAGAAAAACAUCAAUACAAAUAAACGGCAACGAAUGUUAUUCUACGAUGAAUGUUAGUAAUGAUACACCAAUUUAUCUAUCUUCGGUUGUCGUGAAUGAUGACUAUAACAAUUCUUGCAAUUCAUAUCAAACUGGUACUACUGUCACAAUCAGCGUGGGUUCGUCCGAAAACAAAGUAAAAAAAUCGAAAAGCCAAGUUUAUAUUGGGGCUAUGUUCUCUGGGGAACAUAAUAAAAACGAAGAAGUCAAUACUUACGAAGAUUACUUUAAUAAUAGUAAUACUUCUAACCUAUCUAAUGCAAGUAUAUCAUCUAUUUUAAAUGAUCCAGUGGAAGCUGUAAAACGCAAUUUAAUUCCACACGUUUGUGGUAAAAAAGAUGAAGGUACUCAAAUCUUGUCUAAAGAUAAUCUAGAUAAUAAUGACAGUAUUCAGAAGAAGCGUUCAGAUGGUGGAAAUUUAGUUGCAAAACUUUUUGAUGAUCCCUUCUUUGCUCAUUUAGCAGAUGGCCUAGACUCGGAUUUAGUUAAAAAAUUGAUUGAAAAUUCUUUGAUAAAAUUACAAGAAACAAAAAACCAGGAAGGUACCGAUAGUAGUAAGGUAACUAUUGAAAAGCUAAUAGAAAGUUCACUAAUAACUAUGAAAGAGGAAAUGAACAAAAACGGAAGCAAAAGUUACCAAGGUCCCGAAAAGAAAAACGAUGACGUUGUUAAUCUUAGUGACGUUACUACGCCUGCUUACACACAGAACGAUGAUAAUAUCUGCUCUGCUCCCUAUGAAAGUAUGGAGUACGAAAGCGGUGUAGCUGGAGUUUUCUCAGACUUGGAACCAAUGUCCGAUUGUUAUAAUGCGUCUGCGAGUGAACUAUCAACAGAAGACGAUACAAAUUCGACUAGAUCGAAAUUUUAUCAAAUGUUGGUAGACGCUGCGAUUUGUGAUAUUGAAACAGCAAAUAACACUGAUGAUGAUCAUCAUUAUGAGUCGAUACGCUUAAAUAGUGACCCGAUAUACGAAGAAAUCGGAGAUAUGCCACCACCUCUACCAGUUAAUCCUCCGCCUAAUUCACUUAUGCUCUUAGAUGAUGAAAAACGUAGUGGUUCGCGCUCUAUAUUUGAAGGUGCUUCAAAAUAUGAUAUUUUAUCGUAUUUAGUAGAUGCUAAAGAAAGAGGUAUUGAUGACGAAGAAACCUAUAUCACUAAUUAUGAUAAUUCACCGGAAUCACCACCAAUAUUGGAAAAGGAUAAGGAAAAUGGUUCAAAUGAAAUUAAAACAUUAAAGGGAGUUGAGAGGAAUACAAGUCAAAUAUCAAAUGCGUCGGAUUCAAGUGAAGAUAAUUCCCUUAUAAUAAAUAGCGAAAUUGCAGAAAAAACAUUGGUAUGCAAGAAACCAUCAGCCGAAAUAGAAAGAAAUGAUUCAGGCGUAGGCUCAGAGACCAGUAAAUCAUCAAGAAGUAGACUCCAGGGAAAAAUAUCUCCACGAAAUUCUGUAAGCGAUAAAGAUACGCCGAUACAUUUAUGUGAAGAUUGUGAUACCGCAGUUGAAACGCAAAUUACAGAGCAAGGUUCAAUAUACGCUCCAUUGGUUUGUAGAAAAUGUGCUAAAAAAAGGUCUGAGAGGAAGGAAAUAAUAACCGAAAUUGUGGAAACGGAAGAAAAAUAUGGCCGUGAUCUACAAAUUAUUUUAGAAGAGUUUUAUAAACCCAUGCUCGUAGCUGGUCUACUUACUCAAGAACAAUUAAGCGCUAUAUUCCUAAAUGUGGAAGAACUCAUAGAUAACAAUCAAGUUCUGUCUGAGAAAUUAAGAGAUGCCCUUGAAAUAGCAGUAGAACAAGGGGAUGAGGAUCUAUUAACGGUGAAUGUCGGUAAAAUUCUUCUGGAAUGUUCGGGAAUGCUGACAGCGUUCCAAUCGUAUUGUGUGAAGCAAGCCGGCGCCGCUCUCCUGCUGGCCGGCCUCGAGAAGGAGAAGGAACUCCUGAGGAUAUUCUUGCGCGUCUCGCAAAUGGAAAACGCGGUGUUGAGGAGGAUGAAUCUCAAUUCUUUCCUCAUGGUACCGGUUCAACGCGUGACAAAAUAUCCGCUCCUUCUCUCGCGCCUAUACCGCGCGACCGCGUCAUGCGCUUCCGAGCGCGAGGACGUGAAAAGCGCUCAGCGCUGCGUGGAGUCCAGGCUCGAGGAGAUUAACGCAGCGGCCGCAGCGGCUGCAGCGGCUGCGCGGGACGUGCCGCUGUGGCGCCGCCUCGCCGCCGCGCGCCGCACCGCGCACGACCUGCACGUCGCGGACAUACGCCUCAGGAAGAUGGCCGUCGAUGUGCUGGAUUGGAAUCAUGAUGACGCUAGGUUCGCCAUGGAGGGCAAGCUGCUGUUCACACAACCGAACGACAAUAACUGGCGCAAGGGCCGGACCAUCAAGUUGAUGCCGAUUAACGCUCUUUUGGUAACUAAUGGAAAGCCAACGAACACACACAAAACGAACGAAAUACGGGAAACGCGCGAAGCCCGAGAUAGGGAGGCUCGCGAACGCGAAGGCGAAGCGUUAUUCGCUCGCAGCGGUGUGCGGGAAGCCGCAUUGCUAUUGGUCCGCGAGAAAGCGGGCAGAUACACGCUGCAGAGGGAGCCACUGUUCCUAGAUAGGUGUGUGGUCGCCGCGGACCACGAGCCGGAACAUUUCUUUGAAGUUCAUGAGAUUACUACCAAGGACUCUUAUAUAUUCAAGGCGGACGAGAGUAGCCGCACGCGCACGUGGUACCGCCAGCUGCAGUACCACGCGCAGGGCGCGGGCGCGUGGCGGAAGCGGCGGAACGCGCUAGCUAACAUCAUGAUCAACCCGAUGCUUACUAGGAAUUAAUGUUUGGAAAAUAAAUAUACGCAAUGAUACGUUGUUUUACUAGACAUUGAUGGAUGAAUAAAUAUACGAUAUAUUACGUUGUUUUUUUUUGAGGUGCGUGGAAGAGUUAAUUAUUGUGAACGUUUGGUGAAUUGAUAAAGUGCGAUGGUGAUUUUCGUUCUUUUUAAAUCUAUUGUUGAAGUUAAUAAUUUCGUGUAUGGAUAAAUAUACAAAUGAAAAUUUUGUUUGUGAACUCGGCCUGCAUUUAUAUGAAUAUUUUUAAAACGAAAAAAGAAUAAAAAUAGAUCGUAGCAGGAUUAAAUCCGCCUGGUUUGAUUUACGGUACUGUCGUCUUAAAAAACAGCGCUAGAUUGACUUCGUUCUUACAUUUCUUUAUGCUUCCAACUCUCUACAUUCUUACAGUUUUCCCCACUUCAAGACACUUUUUUAUUCUUUUGUUGUUUUUUAAAUACAUGAAAUUGCUGAAAAUAUUGAAAUGGUAAUGCUAACUUUGAUGCACUGGUUAUUAUGGUCAAAACACUAGGAAUACUGUUAUCAUCAUGUAUUAUUUCUAAUAUUAAUAAUGUUUAAAGGUUUUUUUAAUUCUUUAAGCAGCGAAAGACUUUGUAAACUGUUCAAAUCAGUUUUUCAUAGUUUUUGUCAUAACGUUGUUGAUUUCUAUUAAAAGUUUAUUCAUUGAAAACUCUAUGGUCCAAUUACUUGCAUGCACUAACGUCUAUCGAAAGAAUAUGAGAGCUGUAAACUGUUUAAUUCUUAAACUAGUGUUUUGACUGUCAAUACCACGAAAAUGGGAUGAGAAAACAAAUUAUUAUACAUCAAUAAACAAACUAUGCAAUAAUCAGAGGUACAUUAUAUUGUUAAUAAUAAUUUGUAUUUAAGUUAUUAAAUGUUUAGAAAGGAGAAACAAUCCAUUUACAUUCUAAAUGUAAGUGAUGUUAAUUUUGGGAUUAUCUUAUAAACUAAUAAAUACUUUAUCAAAAAUGCUAUUUUUGUUCACAAGCAUUUGAACCCCACCUGAAUUUGAAGCAACGUAUUUCCAAUUCAAAUGCAUUUAUAAUCAAGUGCAAACUUGCGUAGUUGUCUUUCCAUUCCCUUACCAAUAGUGAUUGCAUUCACUUUAAUAUAACCUAUUAUUUUAUUGUACUUCUUAAUGUUGAAAAUUGCUUUUUUAAAACAUUCCUCUGUAUUUUAUGUAUUUAUGUAUUAAUAAAUAUUGUAGCUACCUUUUCAGUAAGUUAAAUUUUGUGUUUAGUCUGAUGGUUUGUGUUCUUAAGUAACUUUAAAUGUAUCAUACUUUUCCUAUAUUAUUGUAUGAAUUAAUUAUUUGCCACUAGUUAAGAUUUAGCGUAUACCAAAAUUUAGUAUUCAAUAAUUUUGUGCCCUAAUAUUUUAAACGAUAUCUAAACGAAUGUAAAUAAUUAAAAUAGCUGUGAUAUCCUGAAGUAAAUGAAAAAAAGCUUAUUGUUACAUCUAUAACACUGUUAUUUUAACUGUUAAAUAACUUUUAUUGAAUAACGUGUAACGGUAUCGAAAAUAGCUUCCUGACUAGUCUUAAGGUGUUUAAUAUUUAAAAGAAAAUAAAAAUAUUUUAAUUCGAUUGUAUUUAUUGUAUGUAUUUUAUGUAAUUAGAACAGCAGUUAAUGUAGAGAACAGUUUUCGCCUUAAAUGUUAUUUUUGUUAAUUAUUAGUUGA